GAGUCCAUGUGGAAAGUUAGCGUGGUCAGAUCGGUCGUUAUAAAACAGAAAACAAAACUAUUUUUUUAAUAAACAAUUGUAGAUAUAAUAAAGGGGCUUCCUCUGCAUAUUUUUUCCCUAGUGUGUGAGCUGAGACAGUUUGCAAAGUGGCUAAGAAAAAGUCCUCGUGCGGUGCUGGGGCUGGAGGAGGGGAGAAAAAAGCUCCAGCCUCAGCAGCAGGGAAGAAGAAGAAGAACAAACACUUCUACAAAAACAACAACAACAACAACAACAAAGGAAAUCUAGAGAAAUGCCACAUCUGUCUCCUGGAGUACAAAUUACAGAACCUGGAUAAGCACAUGCAUAGCCGGCCACACCAUGAGGCGAUCGAGAGACUUAAAGGCCGGGAGCAGGUGCACAAGUGCUGGGCGUGUAAUGUGUCCGUGCUGGGCUUGGAGCAGUUCAGGGUACACAUCGAAGCCCAAGAGCACAAGAGCGAGCUGUUGGCCCUGACGCAGCGCACGCAGAGCGGCUUCGUGGUGGAUUACGAUGACGUUGAGCUGAACGCUCUGUCCGCUCAGAGAGAUCAUCAGCGCUUCAUGUUCAAACAGCAGAAGAAAAAAGAGAAGCAGAAAAGGUUUAGAGAAAAAAUGGCAGCGAUGAAUCCAAAUGCAUUUAAUCAGAAAUCACAGAUGAACCAUAAAGGCUGGAGGACACCGCCAGCGGGUUUCGCCCCACCCGGAUCGCACGCCGCUACGUGGAAAUGCCCACUUAAUAAUGAAAACGUACAAAGAACAAUGAUCGAAGAACCCGAUUUUACGUCUGAUGGAGACGGACGAGCUCGAUACGAAAACUGGAACGGUUACUCAUGGCAGCCGUCCGUGAAGUCCGAGAUGUGGUCCAUGGCAGAAGAUGUGGACUACACGCGUGAUCAGGACACCUUUUGUUCCUGGGAAAACGCAGACCAAUCCGGGGAGACAUCCAGAAAGCGGGAUAACGUCGGAUCGGAUCAGAGGAGAUCACGAGAUGUGCAGAUAUCCGAGCCUUCAUCAGCAAAGAAGCAAUGUUCAAGAGACGUUCGAUCCUUGAUUCCAUCGGACUGUGGCGAAAAAGUCGAGAGCGAGCGCGCGAACGAGCGUACGUUUGAUGCUGGUGCAUCUGGUCAUGUGGAUCAGCUGUCCGCGAUGCUAACGGAUAUCCGUAGGUCUCUGGACGCGAAGCAUCUGCCUGUCAGAUUGUCAGAAGAUCCAUGCGAGCUCAGAUCCGUGACUCAUGAUGGUUUAAAGCCGAACGAACCUGUCCAAGAAACGCCACUUUCAGACGCUCCGCUUUUCCUUAAAAAGCAUCCGGUCAGGGUGUUCAGAAAAAAUCAAAAAAGUCAAACCGAAUCCUUCCUGUCGAAAAGAAACUCAUCUCCGUCCAACCAGGUGAACAGCCUUCCAGUAUCCGGUGCUGAGCCGCAGGAGAACCCGGAUCUCAGCCAGACCAAGAACGUCCUCCCGGCCCUGUUGAGUCGCUCGGUCAGCAAAAUGGAAGCCAACAAACCCAACCUGAAGGUGGCCCGAGGAAUCCGGACGUCCCAGAAGCCGAGCCAGGCCGGUGAGUCACGGGUGCUGAAGCCGGCGCUGCAGAAGCUCAUCAGCUCUAAGAGCUCGGAGUGGCGCGUCAACUGGAAGGAGAUCUAUCAGGAGGCCACGCACAGGAAACUGCAGAAGGAGAAAGGCAUGCCCAGGUUUGGGAUUGAGCUCGUGUCUCCGUUACCUCCUGAUCCUCAAGACCUGGCGCCUGAAGACCUCCCGCAAUUCGAGUUGGACGAAGGCUUCCAAUGGGCGUCCGUCGGGUGCGACGCCGAAACUCUACUUCGCUCGGGCGAUCGCUCGAACGAAGACGCCUGUAGAUUCCCGCCAGCUGAGACCUGUCCUAAUGAGACACGAGACCCUGCGUCGUCAACCGCCGGUCACACUUUAUGGCCGGUCGAGCAGAUAAAAAGAGAAGACGAAGGAAUUCGUGUCACCUCAGGGAUGUACGAGUUGGUUACAGGUCGUCCUGAAAGCGGUGACCUUAACACCGAUAAUACGCCGGAAAUCAGAGCUUUAGGAAGACGAGGAGACUUAACACCGGUAGUUUGUGUAAAGACGGAGAAGCCUGACGAUUAUUGCACAAAUCCGACGCAGGAAAAAACUGACCAGGAUGGAAUCCAGUGCAUUUCUGUUACACAAAAUAAACAGGACAUUUCAAACACUGAUACAAGGAGCAAAAAUCCUCCAAAAAGCCAGGUUAAUGAACUCUUAGUCAUGUCUCUGAGAGAAGACGAGUUGUGCAGCUCUCUAGAGGAUGUGGAAAGUCGACUGCUCCAGGCUCAAGCCACCCUACAAACUGCCUUCCUGGAAGUUCAGCGCCUACAGGUGGUCAAACAGCAGGUAACUGCAGAGAUGUCGUCCCUCAGAAGCAAGCGUAUAGACAUCCUGCAGAGAAUAAAAAGUUCCAGACCUGACCAAACGCCAGAGGUGGAAUCUCCCGGUUCUUCGGCGCAGACGCUGCAGAGAGCUGCGGGUUCGGCGAGGCAGCAUCAGGACGCGGCGCUGGAACGUUCCUCUUUUUUGACUGACAUUCGUAGCAAUCAGAGACGCGCUGAUUUAAACACUGAUAUGGUUCCUGGCUCUGGAUCAAGAAAGACGCAAAUUGAUCUCACCAAAAGCUAAGACCGAGACUCUAACCAUCACCUGAUUGAGUGUGUGUGUGUGUGUGUGUGUUGCAGUGACUGCAAGUAAUGCUGCUGUAUUGUAAGAAAGAAAGAAAGAAAAAAAAAAAACCUAGGAUGACUGAUCGAAUGAGCUCGAGGACGUUUUUGAUGAUCUGAGGAGCAUUAACGGCUGUUUCUGCUUCAAAAGGUUUUUUUCCCCCUCGAUAUUUAGAGCCGUGCAAAAGUCUUGAGCCCCCUGCAUUUCUUUAGAUUUUGUUUCCAGACCUUCCUCUAUGUUUGAGGGGAUCUUAAGAAAUAGUUCUCCAGGCUUCCUAAAGGAAUUCUCUGUCUCAUUACUUAUUUUCAGUUUCAGAGGAAUGUUUUUUUUUUUGCUUGUUAAGCCAAACAGUGACCUAUAAGUCAUUCAAGAAUAGAAACGUGAGGCCUGACCCAGUGAGAAACGGAUUCAGAUAAAGAACAGAUGAUCAGACGGUGAUUAUUAUACUGCUGAUGCUGAAUGCUGAGCGUUUGGACCAGACGAGAGGGGAAAUGAGGUCGCUGCUGAGGCUGUUAUGUAAACAAGCAAUUUUUAAACGGCAUCUUUAGGCACUUUUUUUAAGGUAAGAUUUUUUUUGACUCAAGACUGUGUUCUUUUUUGCAUAGAUGUUAUAUAGGUGGGGUUUAUUCUCUGUGAAGCACUGACACAGUGGUGUGUGUGUGUGUAUCAGCUACAACAGUGUUAUCCCUGCAUUAAAUACAGACAAGUACAGUCCACCAAUAAGCUAAUAAAUAAGGAACAGUGAUUUGAUGGUGAGCUGUUUGAGGGAGAAAAAAGAAUAAUAAUCAAAACUGAAGUUGUGAGAUAACCGGACUUAUUUCAUAUUUUCUAAAACAUAUUUUCUGUAUACUUAUUCUUUUUUAUAAAUAUAUGUUAUCUAUUUAUAGUUACAUUUAAUGUUCAUUAAGCAAAUUAGUUAAUUUCCCUUUUUUCUUAAUUCAUAUUAAUGCCCAUCCACCACCCCUCCUCUCAAAAGAAAAAAAAAUCACUAAGAAAAGCUGGUCAUAUUAAUGAGUAACUGUAACACGGAUCAAAAACCUGUCGGAAUCCUUACGGAAAACUUGACGGCACUGAUUAUAAAUAUAUAAAGAAGCAACAAAUUGUAUAUAGAUGGAUAGAUGUGUAUAUGCUGUAUGGAAGUGUUCAUGUAUACAUAUAUAUAUAUAUA